AUGACCCGACCGAGAAGACAACGCCCUUCGUGGUCCAUGUUCCCCGACCUACAUGAUCAAGUGGCGGACAAACUUGAAGAAGAUCAGAUUGAGUACACCUUCAAUCUUCACGACGAUGAUCUAACAAAGAUAAAAACUUACGACACCCACAUUAUGGGCCGUUUCACGUGCAUUAACGAAAAGUGCCGCACAAAUGGCUGGUCAAGCAUGAACAUCGCCAUCACCAUCCGCGCCUACUCUCGAGACCGAUAUAAUGCCCGCGUAUAUCACCAACGCUGCAAACGAUGCAAAAGCUUGGGUGAGCCAACUCUUAAUGAAGAGUCAUACAUCGAAAGGAUCGCGUAUCGUAUCAAGAAGUGGAAUGGCGUCGAGAUGGAAAGACCGAAUUGGAGAGGAGACGCUACCAAGGGGCCGCACGAGAGUGUUUUAUGUGAGGGGUGCAAAAACGGGCAUUGUAGAGAGGGGACUGAAUAUAUUGCGCGAGAGAGGACUGAUGAUAUUGCGCGAGAGGGGACUGAUGAUAUUGCCUGGGGUUGA